AGUAUUCAUUCAUAUGUGAGUCUUCUUGUGUCUGUCUACCUUUUACAGCCAACCAUUCAUUCAAAAAACAGUACUCUUAUCUAUUCUUUCACAUGCCAUUGAGUCUUUGCUCCUUACUUGCAAUUACUGCUAUCUCUCAAUCUUCAUAGCUCUUACUCUUUUUCUAAAUUCAGCUAUUAGCUACAACUUCCUUACUUGCUGAUUUGCUUAACAAAAUCAAAAACAAGAUGGCUACAGCUGCAACUAUGAUAGGAGGUGCUUUUCUCUCUGCAACUGUUCAAACCUUAGUUGAGAAACUGGCCUCAACAGAGUUUCUUGAUUACAUUAGAAACACCAAGAUCAAUGUCACACUCUUGAGAAAGUUCCAAACAACCCUGCUCACUCUUCAGGCUGUGCUGGAUGAUGCAGAAGAGAGGCAGAUCAACACUCUUGCUGUCAAAAAGUGGCUAGAUGACUUGAAAGAUGUUGUCUUAGAUGCUGAGGAUUUGGUCGGUGAAAUAAGUUACGACUCUCUUCGGUGCAAGAUGGAGAAUAGACAAGCUGGAAGCAGAACUAAUCAGGUGUUGAGUUUUCUUUCAUCUCCUUUCAAAAACUUCUAUAGAGACAUCAAUUCCCAGUUGAAGAUCAUGUGUGAAACACUUGAACCUUUUGCACAACAUAAAGAUACCCUUGGAUUGCAAACAAAAAGUGCUAGAGUUUCUCGAAGACCACCUUCAAGUUCAGGGGUUAAUGAAUCUGUCAUGUUUGGUAGGAAUGAUGAUAAAGAUACAAUCAUCAAUAUGCUUUUAUCAAACUGUGGCACCAGCAAAAAUAAUAAUUUAAGUGUUGUCGCAAUUUUGGGUAUGGGCGGUGUUGGAAAAACAACCCUUGCACAACUUGUUUACAAUGAUGAAAAAGUUGAACAGCAUUUUGAUUUCAAAGUCUGGGUUUGUGUAUCAGAGGGCUUUGAUGUUGUGAGAGUAACUAAAUCUCUCCUUGAAUCAGUUGUUAGAAAUACAACAUCUGAUGCUUCAAAGGUAUGGAAAAGCGAUAAUCUUGACAUUCUUCGAGUUGAAUUAAAUAAAAACACGAGGAAGAAAAGAUUUUUGAUUGUGCUAGACGAUUUGUGGAAUGAUAGUUACAAUGAAUGGGAUGAGCUACUCAGUCCACUUGUUGAUGGAAAACCUGGAAGUUCGGUGAUUAUAACAACGCGUCAACAAAAAGUUGCAGAGAUGGCAAAGACAUUUCCUAUUUAUAAAUUAGACCCUCUGUCACAUGAAGAUUGUUGGUCUAUACUCUCAAAACAUGCAUUGGGAAAUGAUGAAUAUCACGACAGUAAAAACAUAGCCCUUGAAGAGAUUGGUAGGAAGAUUGCAAGAAAGUGUGGUGGAUUGCCAAUAGCUGCUAAAACACUAGGAGGACUUCUACGUUCAAGGGUAGACACAAAGGAGUGGACUGAUAUUUUGAACAGUAACGUAUGGAACUUACCAAAUGAUAAUAUAAUGCCUGCUUUGCAUUUGAGUUACCAAUAUCUUCCCUCUCAUUUGAAAAGAUGUUUUUCGUAUUGUUCAAUUUUUCCAAAACAUUAUCCACUUGAUAGGAAUAAAUUGGUUUUGUUAUGGAUGGCAGAGGGCUUCCUUGAUUGUUCCCAAGGGGGAAAAUUGGAGGAGGAAUUAGGUGAUGAUUGCUUUGCUGAAUUGUUGUCUAGAUCCUUAAUUCAACAAUCAAAUGAUGGUGCUCAUGGAAAAUUGUUUUUCAUGCAUGAUCUUAUCAAUGACUUAGCUUCAACGGUAUCUGGAAAAAUUUGUUGUCGGUCUGAAUGUGGUGGCAUUUCUGCAGAGGUUCGACAUUUGUCAUAUAUUCAAGAAGAGCAAGAUAUUUUCAUGAAGUUUAUGCCUUUCUACAAUUUUAAAUGCUUGCGAAGCUUCCUACCCAUUAGUUUUUGGAGGUCACACAAUUACUUAUCCGUCAAGGUGGUUGAUGAUUUGCUACCACUACUUAAAAGGUUGCGCGUGUUAUCGCUAUCACAAUAUACAAACAUCACCAAGCUACCAAAUUCAAUUGGAAAUUUGGUGCAGUUGCGGUAUCUAGAUCUUUCCCACACUAAAAUCAAAAGCUUGCCAGAGACAAUAUGUAACAUUUACAAUCUGCAAACCUUGAUUUUAUUUGAUUGCUACAGUCUGACUGAAUUGCCAAAGCAUAUGGGAAAUUUAAUUAACUUACAUCACCUUGAUAUAAGUGGAACUGGCAUAAAAGAGUUGCCUGCGGAAAUUGGUGGACUAGAAAACCUCCAAACUUUGACUGUUUUUUUAGUGGGUAGGCGACUUGAAGGGUUAAGUAUCAAAGAGCUAAGGAAGUUCCCAAACCUACAAGGAAAAAUCACCAUAAAAAACCUACAUAAUGUUGUUGAUGCAAAAGAGGCAGAAGAUGCCAACCUGAAAAGCAAAGUGAAAAUUGAGAAGUUGAAGUUGAUAUGGGGGGAAAUAAGUGAAGACUCAGUAAAAGUAAAAGUUGUGCUUGAAAUGUUACAACCACCAAUAUACCUGAAGAGACUUAAAAUUGACUUAUAUGGUGGGACAAGUUUUCCGAAUUGGUUGGGAAAUUCUCUGUUUUCUAACAUGGUGUCCCUUAGCAUUCAUAAUUGUGAAUAUUGCAUGACACUUCCACCGCUAGGCCAAUUACCUUCCCUCAAGAAGCUGAGUAUAUCGAAUUUGUUGUUAUUGGAGACAAUUGGCCGAGAAUUCUAUUGUAUUGAGGAAGGAGAAUGUUCCAAUUCUACCUUCCAACCAUUUCCAUCCCUUGAAUACAUGCAAUUUCACAAAAUGCCAAAUUGGAAGGAAUGGCUUCCUUUUGAAGGCAUAAAUUUUGCAUUUCCUCGACUUAGAACUAUGGAGUUACGCAAUUGUCCCGAACUAAGAGGGCAUUUGCCUAACCACCUUUCUUGCAUGGAAGAAAUUGAAAUGGAAGGUUGUUAUAAUCUAUUGGAAACACCACAUACUCUGCAUUGGUUGGCGUCAAUCAAAAGAGUAAAAAUUACAGAUAAUUCAAUUGAUGGAGAUAGGAGGAGCACUCAAUGGUUAAUACUUGAGGUUGGCUCUCCAUUGCAACAUGCAACUUUUGGAAGUUUCCCAAUGUCUAUUCCUAAAAUGAUUAUGCGUAGCGCUUUUCUUACUCACUUGGAUCUCUGUCAUAUUGAGUCUCUCACUGCAUUUCCCACAAAUGGUCUACCCACUUCAUUGCAGUCACUUUAUAUUCAUGGGUGUAGGAAGUUAUCCUUCAUGCCUUUUGAAACAUUUCAAAAUUACACAUCACUUGUGAGUCUUGAAUUGUGGGAUAGUUGUGAUUCACUUACAUCAUUUCCACUUGAUGGUUUCCCUGCACUCCAAACACUCCGCAUAUUCGGUUGUAGGAGUAUGAAUUCCGUUUUUCUUUUAGAAAGUCCUUCACGUCGAUAUUCAACCCUCCGAUCACUUGAAAUCGUAUCACAACGCUCAAAUAAAUCACUUAAAGUCAAUCUUCGGUUGGACACACUCACAAACCUUGAAGAUUUGGGUCUGAGAUGUCCUGGAGAGUUGUCAUUUUGUGAAGGAGUUUGUUUACCCCCCAAAUUACAAUCAAUUUCUUUCCAAGGAACAAUGUUGCAUGUAAAGGAAUGGGGUCUCCAAGACCUAACUGCUCUUUCAAGAUUGACAAUUCGAGAAAGGGGUGAAAUGCAUAACACCUUGACAAUGGAUUGGAUCCUUCCCAUCUCCCUUGUGUCUCUCACUGUCGAAGGUAAUGUGUCCUUUGAAGUAAAUGGGUUUCGACACCUGUCCUCUCUCGAAAAUCUCCACUUUCAUCAAUGUCAGCAUCUCAAGUCAUUGCCAGAAAACUGCCUUCCUUCCUCGCUGAAAUCACUUCAAUUUCUUUUCUGUAAACAACUUGAGUCAUUACCAGAAGACAGCCUCCCUUCCUCUCUGAAGAAACUGACAGUCGAUGGAUGUCCUCUGUUAGAAGAAAUUCCCACAAAUGGUCUGCCCACUUCAUUGCAGUCACUUUAUAUUGAUGGUUGUCCGCAUCUCAAGUCAUUGCCAGAAAACUGUCUUCCUUCCUCGCUGAAAUCACUUGUAUUUGUUGAUUGUAAGCAACUAGAGUCAUUACCAGAAGACAAACUCCUUACCUCUCUCAAGAAACUUACCAUCAUUGGUUGCCCUUUGUUAGAUGAAAGGUAUAAAAUGAAGCAAAACUGGUCCAAAAUUGCUCACAUUCCUGUCAUACAAAUAAAUGACCAACUCACAAUAUGAAGACAAGUUUCCUUCCUGUUGUUUCAGGAGAGGCCUAAGUGGAUGAAAAACAGCCCAGUUGAUGAACUGAAGAUAAAAAGGGUGCAUACUAUUGUUGUGGUUCUUCAUUUAAAUAUGUUUUAGAGGAAUCAAAUGCUUUCCGUUGAUUUUCGCAAGAUUUGAUUUACGUAGCUAGUAUUAAGUAUGUAUGUGAUCAUCAUUUUAUUGCAUCUUUUGUGUAUUCUUCAUAAGCUGCAUGAGGUAAACAGAUAGAGUAGAAUGCAGUAAGCUUUGUAAUGUUUUCUUAUUAUUUGAUUGUUGUAUGAAAUCUCGUGUUCCACUGCUUCGUUACUACGUGCAACAUGCAGCAUAAAUAAAUGGAACAAAUUGAAGAA